AUGGGCCUGCCUUCGCCCUUCCCACGCGCGCUGCAGCCGAGCGAGCUGCGAUGGAAGCUGUUGGACGGCAAGCUGCCGGCAGGCUCAGUGCAGGAGGCGACAGACAUUUCCAACAAAGGUCGCUGCGUCUGCAGCCAGGACAUCGGAGACAGGCAUGAUGAAGUGCCUCCUCUGUUCAAUGUCCGUGAACAAGACAGGCUCAUGAAGGAUCUCCAAAAGCCAGGGCUACGCCGGCAGCGGGCGCUGAGCCAGAUACGCCUGCCACCUCCAUCGACUAAGAGGACCCUUCUCCACGUUUGGCAGCAUGCGCCGAAGAGCUGCUAUCAUCUUCAUCUGCCUGAAGGAGGAUGCGUCCCAGCAGCACUUGCUCGUUUUUUGCUUGCAGCGGCUGCUGCAGCUGCAUCACCACAUCGGGGCCCGUCGUUGCUCCUGGCGCAGCUCGGGAAUGCUGCCGAAGCUGCUGCGGUCAUGCAGAGCUGCCCCUGGGCCUUGCUCGAUGACUUUGCUUGCGACGGUUGUGUGGCACCUCCACAUGGCUUCCGCCCAGCCGGGCUGCUGGCAAAG